AUGAUAGAACAAAAGAAGGAAGAAGAAACCAUUGAAGAUAAUUUACCAUCCUCAUCGAGUGUAAUUUCCUCCUUUACCAUGUUAAAUUCCAAUAAUAAGAGAAGAUUUUCCAUGACUAAUCAUCCAAUUAUAAUUCCUUCCCAAAUUGUUUCCUCCACUAACGAUAAGAAUGCUAACGAAAAGAAGAAGGAAAAGAAGAGAAAGUUGAAAAAGCAAAACAAACUUGAUAUCUUUCACUUCUUUAAAGGAAGUAAUAACAACACUUCAACAAUUGAUCACAACCAUUCACAAUUUGUUGGUUUAAAUAUUACUACUACGAGUAAUCAAUUGAUUGAACAAAAUAUUUCCAAACUCGAUAGAAACAAUUCGAUAGAAUUGGAUUUUGAUUUCAAUAUUGUGGAUAAACCAAUUACUUCCAAUACCUGCUAUAUGACUAACUGUUUGACUACCUCAUCUGUAGACUAUUCCAAUAAUUCAACAACUUUUUCAACCAAUGUACAUAAUAAUGCCACUACUACCUACGAGACUCCCCUUGAUAGAAUUUUACUAUUGAACGAGUCCACUAAACUCACUAGUCCAGCACUCUCCAAGAAUAUUUCACCCAAGAAUAAUCAGGAAAAGAAUCAGCUCCACAGAGGAAAGCCACUCAAACUGACCUCCAAUGAGGGCCUCUUUUUCGUACAACCUCUCAAAUCCAAACAUUCAUCAAUAAGUAAUGGAGACAAGAGAAGAAGAGUUGGUGAUGAGAACAAUGAAUCAAUGAUAUUGAGCGAUGGUAUUUCCCCAACCAAUUCAUUUACAGUACUGAGUGAUGAGCCUAUGAUUACAUCUCCAAAAGUGUCUCCCAAACUUGAUCAAUCUUUUGUUGAGGAAUUUUUAUGA